AUGGAGGAAGAGAGAACGAAAAUUCCACCCUCAGAGGAUAUAAAACUUUUCUACAAAGCCUUCAUGCACCACCAAUACAAGGAGGACGAAGCAGCCUAUAAGCAACUAAAGAAAGAAAGGGAGCGCCAAAAGAGAAAGGAAAGGGAAGAAAAGGACCAUCAAGAAAGUAAAGAAAUGGAAGAGAGAAAAGAUCAUCAAGAGAAGGAAAGGGAACGACAGCAGCAACUAGUCUUGAAGAAGGAACUCAAGCUUGAAAGAUUCAAGCAGGACAGUGCAAUGGCACUAGCCCAAUACCAAGCCACAAAUCCCGCCAUGGGCUCCACUCCUUCCAUUAUAUCGAAUACCAGUGACCUCAUGCCUCACUGGAAUGAUGCAGAGCCAGAAGUGUGGUUUUAA